AUGACGAAAUUACGAGACUUGUAUAGCCCACAUAGCUCACAGGACCGCACGCGGCGCAAGAACCCGCUGGACGGACUAAGGGACUACACGGGCGGGUGGGACCCGGCCAACAAGGACUAUUGGGCGGUGAGUAAUACUAACGUGUUAAUUUAUUUUGAGACGUCUCAAAACAAGAACCCGCUGGACGGACUAAGGGACUACACGGGCGGGUGGGACCCCGCCAACAAGGACUACUGGACCUCCGUCGUGUGGUCGGUGGUGUACGCGCCGCUGCUCGGACUGCUUUGGGUGAUCCUGGGCCUCGGGAUUGUCGGAUUCUCGCUGCUCACCUGCCUGUGCUGUCGCGACAAGUGGAGCGAGAUGAGGGACCCAGCAUACGCCAAGUACACCAAGAAGGACCUCUGGGUGCCGCUGGGCUUCAUGCUCCUUGGGAUAGUCGCCGUGCUGGUGGGUUUUUCCGUGAUGGUGGCAGGAGGGGCGCAGCUGCACAACCGAGUGAACACAGUCACACAGUACGUGACGGAGACGGUUGACUUCACGGCCAGUGUGGUCUACAACCUCUCCAGCAUCAUGGAGACGAGCUCCUCUAUCACCGUCGCCAACGCCGUCAUCCCGGCUGACAAGAAGGCAGACAUUGAGAGCAAGGUGCGGCAGGCCAACCAAACAGCCACGGAGCUGCAGGCUAAGACGGCGGAUGGCAUCAACCUCGUCAACAACGGCUUGCGAGUUCUCUCCACUACAUUCUACGUCAUCGGAUGCGUUAUCACCUUCCUUUGCAUCCUCGCCCUAUUGUUUUCUCUUCUCAAAUGGGUCGUGGCGUCCAAUGUCAUCAUCACUAUAACCUGGGUGGUCGUUUUCUUCACUUGGUGCAUGACAGCUGGCCUACUUAUUGCAUAUCUUGUGAAUGGGGACACUAACGUCGCCUUAGAGCAGGUGCAGCAGUCCCCUACAAUGAACAGCGCCAUGGACAAGUACCUGCACUGCAUCCCCAGCGAGAAGCUGCUGAACGCGACGCGCUACGCGCGCUACACCGCGGCCACCGCGCUCACCACUGCCAACAGCUCCGUGGUUAGCAACGCUCCCAGGAUCUUUGCGUUUCUCGGUGUGCCGGGCGGCAUCUGUGUGCCGUACGGCCCGGCGCCCAAUUUCACGCGCGACACGGACCUCUGUGUGAAGGGCACCAUCCUCUUCCCGCAGUUUGUGAACGUGAGUGGCGUGCGUGGUGAUUUUGUGAAUGUGAGUGGCACGUGUGCUGAUUUCACACGCAGCAUGAGCCUCUGUGUGCAAGGCACCAUCCUCUUCCCGCAGUUUGUGAACGUGAGUGGCGCGUGUGCUGAUGUGGCGUGUGUGCUGAUGUGGCGUGUGCUUGCCAUCACGGCCAACAACACAGCAUUGUUUGAGGUUGAUUUUGAGAAUUCUCAAAAUCAACCCCCCACCCCCCUGCAGGUGCUUGCCAUCACGGCCAACAACACAGCAUUGUUUGAGGUUGAUUUUGAGAAUUCUCAAAAUCAACCCCCCACCCCCCUGCAGGUGCUUGCCAUCACGGCCAACAACACAGCGUUGGUGCCGGAGGUGGUGAGUAACUCCCUUACGAGUCUUACUCUCACAGCCCCACUUUUGGCGGGAGGUGGUGAGGGACACAACUCCCCCCUUAGCUCACAACCCCACUUUUUCCUCCUGUCCUCCCCCCUUUCCCCCUCCCUCCCCUUCCCCCACCCUGCAGAUGCUUAUGACGACAGCCGGCAGCUCUGUUUCCGUGCCGGAGAUGAUGCUUAUGACGACAGCCGGCAACACUGCGUUGGUGCCGGAGGUGGUACGGAACGACCCCACAGCCACGGCUCACCCCCUUCCUCCUGCCCCCCUUCCCACCGUCUCCCUCCCCCCUCCUUCCAGAUGCUUAUGACGACAGCCGGCAACACUGCGUUGGUGCCUGACGUGAUGCUUAUGACGACAGCUGGCAGCUCUGCGUUGGUGCCAGACGUGGUUAAGAACGAUCUCACAGCCACGGCUCAGACGCUCGCGCUGCUCGAAUCCACCAUCCCCAACGUGCUCACCCUCGUCGACUGCUCCUAUGUCGCCAACAUUGCCAAGUUUGCAAUAUCUGAGGGACAGGCAAUGGUGACCAACUUCCAGAUGCUCUGGGUUGGCUUUCUGGUCAUCACCAUCGCCUGCAUGAUGCAGGCGCUCUCCACGCCUAUCUACGUCUUCCGAGCCGUCAGGCUCGGCGACAGGCUCAACGAUGCCGAAGCUGAGGGGCUCUACAAGGCUUCAGCUGUUCCCGUCGCAUACCCCGCAGGAGGGGAGGGCGGGGGGCUGACGCAGGUGAACGAGCCUAGCUUUGCAGAAGGCUCAGACAACUCGUAUGCAGGCGAAAGCGGUGCUGGUUACAAGUGA